AUGGUGGCAAUCAUCAACCUUCGGAACAAACUUAUUUGGCCUCCCAAUUGGCUAGGAUCAGGAACACUAUUUUUACCUCGUCAAAUGGAACAAUCCAAGGUGUUGAGCCACUGCCUAUCGAUGCAGGAGCAUACGGUGAGAAGCAUUGUCUCGAUGAUAACAUUUCCCAUUCAAACAAAUAUGCCCAAAGGGUCUUAUUCCGGUGCUGGGUAUCUUGAUAUCAACCGGACCGCUUCCGGAAAAGCUACCAAAUAUGCGAGAUGGCUCGAUAUGGACAGUGCAAUCUUGAAAACUGUCUGGACUGAACCCAGCAGCUCGUUUAACCGAACCUAUUUCUGUUCCAAUCCCACCCGGGCAUGCACUGUACAUACGGCAUCUUCUGCACCAGGCGCAUUCUCAGCUACCUUCUCCUUCUCCUCGCUCGACGGUCUGCCCACUCGCAACAUCACUUGCCUCGACACCUCCACUAUCCAGCUUCGCGGCUAUGCAGCAUCUCCGGGCAUGCUCUACGAGAUACUCGCCAGCAUACGCCACGCCGGGCCUGCAGGCAGCAGCGCCGCAUGUGUCGUGGAUGGCAAGUCGGGAGAUGCGGUGCUGGUAACAAAAGGAAGCACAGAAGCAUGGGUGAGCUGGGUGGGUGGGACAGAGUACUCGAUGGAGACAGGGAACGCGCAAAGCAGGUAUACGUUCAAGGGAGCAGAUCCGCAUGGAGAACUGGUGGGGCUACUGGCAAAGGCAGGGAAGGAGAGCGUAGGGAAUGGGCUGGCGAAUCACAUUGGGGACUACCGGGCAGCACUGGGAGGGUUCUCGCUGGACAUUGGACAGAAGAUGGAGAAGACGAAGACGACUGCAGAGCUACGAAAAGAGUACAAAACAGACGUCGGAAACCCAUACCUGGAAUGGCUGAUGUUUAACUACGGUCGAUACAUGCUUGUCGCGAGUACUCGGAGCUACCUUCCAGCCAAUUUGCAAGGCGUAUGGGCUCGUGAUGCGGGGGCGCCCUGGAGCGGAGAUUACCAUGCGAAUAUCAAUAUUCAGAUGAAUUAUUGGUUUGCUGAAAUGACUAACAUGAAAGUGACUUCUGCACUUUGGGAUUACAUGGCGAAAACAUGGGCUCCACGUGGUGCAGAGACGGCAAAGACGCUGUAUAAUGUCACUCGCGGCUGGGUAACGCACAAUGAAAUGAAUGUCUUUGGCCAUACUGGUAUGAAGGCGCUUGAAGGCUGGAACCCCGCUGAAUGGGCAAAUUACCCAGAAUCUGCUGCUUGGAUGAUGAUCCAUGUCUAUGAUCACUUUGACUAUACAAAUGAUGUAGCUUGGUGGCGCUCCCAGGGAUGGCCAUUGCUCAAGGGUGUAGCCCUAUUCUGGCUCGAUCAUCUAGUUGAAGAUCAGCGCUUUAAAGACGGCACUCUGGUAACCGCUCCUUGCAACUCUCCCGAACAGGCGAUCGUCACUCUUGGAUGCUCUCACUCGCAGCAACUCGUUUGGCAAUUGUUCGAAGCAGUCGAGAAGGGGUUUGGUGCAUCUGGCGAUAGGGACACGGAAUUCUUGCACGAGAUCGAGACAAAGAAACUCAAGCUCGACAAGGGCAUUCGUAUUGGAUCUUGGGGCCAGCUUCAAGAAUGGAAGCCUGAAUUUGAUCGCUCCAAUGACCUCCACCGUCAUUUAUCGCAUCUGAUCGGACUUUAUCCUGGCUACGUUCUGACCAACUUCAAGGCGCCUACCGGCCAAACACAAGGAAUUCCAAAAUUGACCAGGGAACAAGUAUUGAAAGCCAGUGAGAUUUCAUUAAGAUCCAGGGGCGACGGGACAGGGCCUGAUGGGGAUGCCGGUUGGGAGAAAGUCUGGCGUGCGGCAUGCUGGGCUCAAUUGCAAAAUUCAACCCAGUUCUACCACAUCCUUACUUACGCUAUCGAUCGCAACUUUGCAGAGAACCUCUGGAGCUUAUACAACCCCUUUGCAGAUGAUCCCAUUUUCCAAAUCGAUGCUAACUUGGGAUACCCGGCUGCCGUAUUGAACGCACUCAUACAAGCCCCGGACACUUCUUCAUUAUCCGACGCAUUGGCUGUCACGCUCCUGCCUGCGCUCCCGUCUGCUUGGGCUUCGGGAUCGAUUUCAGGAGCUCGCAUUCGCGGUGGUAUGACGCUGGAUCUUACUUGGUUGAAUGGCAAGGCAGUCCGAGCAAGCUUGAGAGUGGACUCCACUGUGCGCUACGCUCGCCAGGUACAACUCUGGUAUGGUGGAAAGCUUGUAACGGCAUUCUCCGCUACGGGAGGGCUGAAGCGUGAAUUCUCCUUCUAG